AUGGGGUCACAAGCGGGACGGACGAGCAGCGGCAAGCCCGAUAUUUCUAACCUGGGCUUCACGCCGAUGAUCAAAGUCUCUGGACAGUGGGAAGUGGAAAAGGUGGUGGAUGCGAUUCCCGGGGACGUUCCCAAGUCGGGAGGCCAAUCUCCUCUUGCCUUUUUCCACAUGAUCGAGCGACUCAAGACGACGAAGCGUGAAGGCUGGAGACGGUUCGGCAUCGAGAGAGGCGAGUCCAUCGCCGACCACAUGUACCGCAUGUCCAUCAUCUCCAUGUUCGCCCCUCCUUCGCUUGCGCAGCGCAUCGACCUCCACAAAUGCAUCAAGAUGUGCCUGAUCCACGACAUGGCCGAACUCCUCGUCGGCGACAUCACCCCCGUAGACGGCGUUCCCAAGCCCGAGAAGAGUCGACGCGAGAGCCUGACCAUGAGCUACCUCACCAAGAACCUGUUGGGCAACAAGGACGACGCUGCGGUCGGUGAGGAGAUUCGGGCCAUCUGGGACGAGUACGAGGAUUCCAAGACGCUGGAGAGUCAGUACGUCCACGACAUUGACAAGAUGGAACUGCUGCUGCAAAUGAUGGAGUACGAGAAACGUGCCGAGCGCGCCCUCGACCUGGGUGAGUUUGCUUACGUAUCGGGCCAGAUGACGCUCGACGAGACCAGGGCCUGGGCCAAAGAGCUCCUAGAAGAGAGGGACAGGUUUUGGGGGACCCAGGACCACGUUGACGGGCUUAAGGGUGUGGCGGGGGGAGUCACAGAAGAGAAGGUCAAGAUGCAGGAUGAGUACUACUCGAGGGGGUGA